AUGACGACCUAUCUCGACUCUGCAGUCGCGGCACUGAUGGCAGAGAUUAUCUUGCAGGCCUUCGGUGCAGUUUAUAUGGGUUUCAGCAUUAACCAUGCUAGAGUCAACGAGUUUUAUCUGCUUGGUCAUCUGAAAUACACCCCACACGGCAGUGACGCGCUCAUCAUGUAUGCUGGUGCACUUCUGUGGACAGUAUCGGUCGAUAUUGCCUUCCUUCGCGCGGUAUACACGUUCACCCUAGUUGGCGGUAUAGUCGAAGAAGCUAUUGUGAGCAUACCAUAUUAUAUCAAAAUGGCAGCAUUGUACUUUGCCAGAGGUUUCUAUUGGGUUGGAGCAAGGACAUAUUCUCUCUUUGACGGCAAGUAUGUUUCUAGCUGGCCUGAGUCACUGCAGAAACCGGAAGAUCCACCAGACGAUCCGCCGCCGUACGUUUCGGAGAAAGAGCGAGUUGCACAAUACAUCGAGGAUAUGGGUCUAAAGCCGAGACUCCUCAAUGAGCUGAAAACUCUCGUAAUUGCCUUGCUGAUACCUUGGAUCGCGCAGUGGGUUUUCUGGAUCGGAUUUGUGAGGAUGGCGCAGGACCUCUAUUGCCCACCCAAAAUAUGGUCGUUGACAGCAGUGUGGUCAUUUUGUUCCGUGGUCACAGUGUGGUGUGGUGCAUCGUUUUAA